UUUAAUAACAUGUACAGAAAAUAUCUCGUGAUCAUUGUUCUUUGUAACAUUGCACCAAAGAUUAGCUCUAGUGGAUCUGAAAUAGAAAGCGAUGUUUUACAACGAAGUAGAAGACAACUGCUAUUCCCUAAUUCUACUCUAUAUCAGUUGACAAUUGGCUUGGGAACACCAUCACCGGCAAAAAUGAUUAACGUUAACUGGGCUAUACAAGCUAACUUCCAGCUUCCUUGGAACAGAUCACAAAUACCAUUUGACAUAUUAGAAACUGAUGCUACAUAUACGGGGAUAUCAAGAAAGAAAAGAGAAAUAAACGAACUUGAACCUCAACAGAAACAAUACUAUCAAAAUGAUGCUAAAUUGUAUCACUUCUAUAAAUACGUAGAAGAUGUUUUGAAUGGGUAA